AUGGCAAGAUGCAACAAAUGUAAUAGAAUUGGACAUUUUGCACGAGUUUGUCUACGUCCAGCAGUAAGUCAAAAGUCAAACGAAUCAAAACUACGCGAUCAGGAACGCAUGACAACUUUCAUCAGACGCAAGACAGCUGAAUACACAUUUCCAUUUUACAAUGAAGACGAUGCCUUCUUUAAGAAGAACCAAACAAACAAUUCUGAUAUAAGUAGCCAGUCAAUCACAGAUGCUUUGCAUAACUACUCUACAGAGUUCAAUUGCAAAAUAACAAAAAUUAAACCGCUACAGCUGCAAGCAAUACAAACAUUAUUAUCUAAAAAAGACUGCAUCUGUGCACUUCCAACUGGUUAUGGAAAAUCGUUUAUAUAUGAAAUUCUGCCGUUUUUUGUUCCAAAGUGUCUUGUUAUUGUUAUUGUGCCUUUAAACGCUAUAAUUGAACAGCAAACGGUGAAACUCAGUGGACAAUCAUUUUCCUUGUCAAUGAAUAUAGACACUAUUGACUUAUCAAAUACCAAAUAUUUUUUCUUUCACCCAGAAACUGUUUUAAACUCUCCUGAAAUAAACAAACUUUUUCGCUCAUCUCAAUUUCAAGAGUAUGACAAGUUUCUUGUAAUAGAUGAGGCUCAUUGUGUCAUUGAAUGGGGCAAAGAAUUCAGGAAGGACUUUAAAAGAAUAUACCAAUUGAAGUCUCUUGUAAGUUGCCCAAUUCUUGCAUUGUCAGCAACAAUAACUAGAGCCGGGCAAAAAGAAAUAGCUAAAUGUCUUCAUAUGACAAACUUUGAAGUUGUAUGUGCUAGCCCUGCAAAAGACAAUAUUAAAAUGAUUGUCAAGAAUCGUCCGAGUCCAAACUCGAAGGGAAAUACAUCCUUGACGCCAUACGAUUAUAUAUUUGUACCAGUUUUACAACAACUUAAGAGUGAACUUGAUAACUUUGGGAUAACCAUAAUAUAUUGCAAGACUAUGAACUGGAUAGGUUAUGGAUAUGAAUUAGCAAAGGAAGUACUUGGUGAUGAAUUCUACUCAGGAGCGCCAUCAGAGAAAACAACUAGAGUUGUUAUGUAUCAUUCAUCUAUGGAGGGCCCAGAUGGAAAGCUGAAGAAACAUAUUGUCCAGACCCUACAGGAGGAAGAGUCAGCCAUAAGGCUGAUUUUUGCAUCUGUGGCUCUAGGCAUGGGCGCAGAUUUGAGACAUGUGAAACGUGUGAUUCAUGCUGGUCCUCCUACAUCUUUAGAAACUUACGUUCAGGAGAUCGGAAGAGCUGGAAGGAGUGACAUCGAUGCUCAGGCCAUUUUAUUUUUUAACAAGUCAGACAUCGCAUCAGCACAUAUGACCAGAGAAAUGAAGGAAUAUUGUGUGAAUACAAAUACUUGCAGAAGAAGUUUGAUAAACCAGUACUUUGGCUUUGAAUCUGAACCAGAGAAAACAUUCUUAGUUUGCUGUGAUUUGUGCAAUGGUGAACUUGGAAUAGAAUAUGACUUUAGUAAUCUAUCAACUUAGCCUAAAUCAGGUUCAUUUUAUCCAUGGUCUAUAUGGUGGCCAAAAUCAUCAUCAAAGUGUCAUAAGGCUGCCAUUUUAAGUGGAUUUUCAAGCAUUGUUGAAACACAAAGUUGUGCAACUUACUCAAAUUUGUAUUGUUAUGUUGAACUGUGUAGAUGCAUAAUUAUGUAAUUUGUAUUUCAUUUCUUUAUUGCUAAGUUACAUAAUAAUGUAAUAACAAGAUCUCCUUACCAAAUCUAACAUGCCACUCCAAUGGGUCAUAUUCACAAAGCAUCUUAAGUCAAAACUUAAUAUUAUAAAAAAUUCUUAACACCAUUACAUUUAAACUUUUGUUUUAAAAUGACCUACUUUUGCAUAAAAGAAAUGUUUUAUGAAUGUAUUUCACACAGAUGUAAUGAUUUUCCAUAUAAAUGACCUAAUGAAGGAAAUAAGGGGAAUUGAAAUUUUCACUUAAGUUAUUUUUUAACUUAAUGUGCUUUGUGAAUACGACCCUGUGGACUUUACAUGGUUUAUAUUGACUUUUUUUGUCCAAUGAGUGAAAUUAAACAAAACAUAAUGUA